AUGGACUCGACAUCCUUUGGAGGUACAGUUACCUCGCAGGCAACCACUCCGUCCGCUGCUGAACACCAUGGCGGUAAUGGUGGAAGUAAUGACGCUAUUCCAGCCUCCGAUUCUACCUCUCGAACCGAAGAAACUUCAGCAACUCCUGCAUCCUCGGGCUCAGAAUCACAAAGCACCAGCAAAGCAACCAGUCAAGAUCAACCAACUGAGGACUCCAUGAGCGAGCAUUUUCUGAAGGAUAACGACAAUAAAACGGCCCAGGGUUCUACUGAACAUCCAAACACCCCCGAUGGACUCGAAAAAGAUGUACCCGCGGUGAAAACCGAGAACAAGGUCACUGCCAAGCUGUGGACACCUGACAAUCCCGUUGAUCUCUGGUGCAAGUCCGCAGGAGAAUCCCACGCAGUUCUAGUUACAUUCGGCUACUGGAACUGCCCAAGAUGUGGUCAGUCACUGCGCAAACCCGAGUUCAAAAAGGAGAUGAACAACUCCGGGGGACCUGGGUCUAGCGCGAUGUCAGGAGCUGCUCCCAAAGACCCAGGCGACUUCAAGUACCAUGUGCGUUAUCUGGACUCAAACGACAGACCUAUUUUGGUGGACGCUUGGGACGGGCCGUUUGAUCUUUCCGAGGCUAGAAAGGACCUUGCCGGCACCGCAAAAAAAGAACCGCCGUUUCGGGUGGAAACUGAGGUGCAUACGUCCAUAAACAACGGCAUGGGCACCUACCAACACGAGCUCGACAGAUACAGCAAUGGGAAGAUACUCGCAAACCCAAACAUUUCUGUGAAGGUUGGCAGAACAUUCAUCAUCAUUCGCUCCCAACCUCUCCUUGAGAUACUCAACAGGCUGGUCUCGUAUUACCCAUCCAUCAAUCUCAAAGGUAGAUCUUUGACCCUAUGGGCCCCUUAUGAUUUUGUUUGGCAUUAUCACGACCUGAUCGAACAGCACUUGAGCGAGGUCCAUGGAGACGAUACCCAUGCUUCCGGAAGGAAGGAGCUUCGGGGGCUGGUCGACUUUGUCAUAGGCAUGAACGGCAAACAGGUUGCCGACGAGCAAAGUCGAUAUCAGAAGGGUGUGUGUACGUACGAGAUGUUGUGGCUGUUAUACAAGCCGGGAACUACGGUCUAUGUGGAGUCCCGUGGACGCCUCUCAGCAUUCGUCAUCUCCAUCGUUGAAUACCAUGAAAAGGAUCAGCUGAACAGGGAAAAGCCAAGGCUGGCCGGGUUCACAAUCCAGAUGUGGAACCUUGAUUACGACGGGACAUUUGUUGGGAGGCAUGCAACAGAGGAAUAUAUUCCCCCAUUUGAAGGCGAGCGGGAGAUCACCAGCCUCCACAUCAUUCCCUGCGAGUAUAAGGACAAGGAGGAUGGGGGGGAGACUCGCGAGGGCCUGAUCACUGAUGGGAAGAUGUGGUAUGAACUGCUGCGUGGAGGGCAAGUCUUCUAUUCUGGUCAUCUUUUGGACGACCGCAAACGCGAGUUCCACGGUCGGGUCUAUGUCGACACUUCUUCGUUUUACAACAUCGAUAGCACAGCCAUUACCGGGACAGACAGAUCCGGGUCUUCUACGAAGGCGAAGAAAGCCGAAAGUGGGACGGAAAUUAGCGACCAAAACGCUUUAGCACCCAUCCCAGAGAAACCACCCGUCCUUGGCGGUAUUGGUGAUAUGGGUCAGGGCUUAACAAAUUGCCCAUGCGGAGAGUGUCUAGGAUUUAGACCGCACCCGCUCGUAGGCUUUCCUUGGACGGAUUAUGAGCUAUUGAACCCAGCAAGGGACAUGAACCUCAAUCUCCAGGCCCCAGCCAAAGACCCAGAUCAUCGCUACCUCCUUUGUGAGCGGAAACUCCAUGGCUUCGACUUGAGAUCUCGAAACUGGCUGGUGCUUGAUGCGAAAUGCUGCCAAGAGCCCAGAACCAACAGGGACGCUAUCAACAAACUGGUGAUGCAUGAAGACAAAAAGAAAAUGAUCAAGGCUCUCAUUCACAAAUACUCUGAUUCCAAGGCACACGACCAGGACGGUGAUGAGGACUACGCAGAUGUCUGGAAAGCUGACUUCAUCGAUAACAAAGGCGAAGGCCAAAUCUUCUUGCUCCACGGCAGCCCAGGCGUGGGAAAGACAUACACCGCAGGCAAGCAUCAAAUCCAGCUCCCAAAUAUAGGGACAGACGAGGUCAAGAUGGAGAAGAAGCUCCUGAACUGGUUUCAAUUGGCGGAGAAAUGGGGCGCUGUUAUGCUCAUUGACGAGGCCGACGUGUUUCUUGAGGCCAGAUCAACGAGUGAUCUCAAGCGCAACAGCUUGGUUUCAGUAUUCCUGCGAUGCGUUGAGUACUACCGUGGUGUUCUUUUCUUGACAACGAACCGAGUCGGCCAGUUUGACGACGCAUUCAUGUCACGAAUCCAUGUCGUUAUUCACUAUAGGAACCUCACGCCUAAGGACAGGACGCAGAUCUGGCAGCAGUUCUUCGAAAAGCUCAGGGAAGAACGGGACUUUGACAUCCACGAUCGCGCAGAGGACUACAUCUUUGGAAAGGAUCGAAAGGACAGAGACGGCGACGACAGUGGAAGCAACAGUGAAACUUUCCAAACGGCCGUCGCAUUGGCCGAGUUCAGACACGCAGAAAGCGUUGCGAACGACAAGAAGAGAAACAUCACUAGGAAGACCAGGUCAGGACCGAGACUGGAGCGCAAAGACUUUGUGCAGGUGUGCGACAUGAUGCAAGAGUUCAAAUCGUAUCUGAAGAGCGUUCACAUGGGAUUCGAUGAGGAACAUCGAGCGUAUACCGCCCAUGAUAGAGCGCUUCAGGAUGGCUACUACCCAACGCCUCAGCCAUCAGUGUCCACAAGCACUUCACAUGCGCGUCCUCAGGAAAAGCAAGGACAUUCUAGAAAGGGAGGUUCCCAUUGA